GUGACUCCCCGGAAGGAGCGUGUUUGCGUUCCUUGUCCUGCCUAACGCGGCGUGCUGAUCCGCCGACACCAUGCAGUCGGAUGAUGUUAUCUGGAAUACACUAGGAAACAAACAAUUUUGUUCUUUCAAAAUAAGAACCAAGACUCAGGGCUUCUGCAGAAAUGAGUAUAGUCUGACUGGGCUGUGCAAUCGGUCAUCUUGUCCUCUGGCAAACAGUCAGUAUGCGACCAUUAAAGAAGAGAAAGGACAGUGCUACCUGUAUAUGAAGGUCAUAGAACGAGCAGCUUUUCCCCGGCGGCUCUGGGAACGGGUCCGACUUAGUAAAAACUAUGAGAAAGCAUUGGAACAAAUAGAUGAAAACUUAAUUUACUGGCCUCGCUUCAUUCGACACAAAUGUAAGCAGAGGUUUACCAAGAUCACCCAGUACCUGAUUCGAAUUAGAAAACUUACACUGAAGCGGCGGAAAAAACUUGUUCCUUUGAGCAAGAAGGUUGAGCGGAGGGAGAAGAGAAGAGAGGAAAAAGCAUUAAUAGCUGCCCAGCUGGACAACGCCAUUGAGAAGGAAUUACUGGAAAGACUGAAACAAGAAACGUAUGGCGACAUCUACAACUUCCCCAUCCAUGCCUUCGACAAGGCCCUUGAGAAACAGGAAGCCGAGAGUGACUCUGAAGAUGAAGAAGAAGAUGAGGAGGAGGAAGAUGAAGAGGAUGUGGGUAAAAGAGAGUUUGUAGAAGACAAUGAUGUGGAUGAGAGUGACCUGAGUGAUUUUGAGGAUAUGGAUAAACUGGAUGCUGGCAGUGAUGAAGAACAGGAUGACGACUCCUCCAGUGAAGAAGAAGAAGAGAAGGCCCUUAAGGCCAAACACAAAGGCAAAGCACCCUUGAAAGGACCUUUGCGGAAAAAACGGGCCUAUGUGGAGAUAGAGUAUGAGCAGGAGACAGAACCCACAGCCAAAGCCAAAACCACAUGA